CGGCGGUGAGUACAAUUUAUGGAACAUGUCCAAUUUACACGCAAACAAAAGGACAUAUACUGUCUUUUACAUACUACAAACUAAGAAAUACACAUAAAGAAAACGUAUACACACCUCAGCCGACUGUUAGGUUAACUUUGUGUCUCUACGGCUCUGGAUUCAUAGAACGUUCCACGCGGUGACGUCAUUUAGACGCCCACAUUAAGCGCAGAGGCUGCUGGGAGGAAAGGUCAAGAAUCGACGACUGUGGACGCCACGAAUUUACGUUACCGUUGUAAGAAAGAUUAUCGCUUCGUUAAACUACUUAAUGAUACUGGAAAAACUAUUUAACUGUUUGAAAUGAGCCAUGUGAGCUCCGCUGCCUGUAAGACAGGAAACAUUAAAAUACGCUAUUGUCCGUUUUUUUAAAGACUCCUUCGGGCUAGCUGCCGUUAGCAAGCUAGCAGCUGCACUGUUAUUGUUUUCGCCUCAUUAGGCGGCCAUAAAAACACUGUUCCCCGAGGUACCCCAGCCGAGGCAGGGGUCCGGACUGCCUGAGUGAUGUGUUUCUGUCCGUCCCGGGAAGAUGGAUGAGAAGUCCAGCAGCAGCAGCCAUCACCGGCUCCUGAUCGUCCUGCUCAUGGUGUUGCUCUUUGGCGUCAUUAUGGUCCAGUACGUGUGCCCGAGCAGGUCCGAGUGCCAGAUGCUACACCAGCUGGGGUCCUGGUUUAAGGACGGCGGUGCAACUGGUUCCCGGAGCGGUGGCAACGAAAUCCAAGACGGGCUGCAGAAAGAUCCGUACAUCGCAGAAGACGGCGCUCUUGUCCGCUUUGUCCCUCGCUUUAAUUUCACCAAAGCAGAUUUAAAUCGUGUUGUAGACUUCAACAUCAAAGGAGAUGAUGUUAUAGUGUUUCUGCACAUUCAGAAAACUGGUGGCACGACGUUUGGGCGCCACCUGGUGCGGAAUAUUCAGCUGGAGAGGCCCUGCGAGUGUCACGCAGGUCAGAAGAAAUGUACCUGUUACAGGCCAGGUAAAAAGGAAACCUGGCUGUUCUCCCGGUUCUCCACCGGCUGGAGCUGCGGGCUUCAUGCCGACUGGACUGAGCUGACCAGCUGCGUCCCGUCACGGAUGGAUUCACGGGAGGCUCCUGAUAAUCUGCCCAGUAGGAACUAUUAUUAUAUAACCAUCCUAAGAGACCCCGUAUCACGCUACCUGAGCGAGUGGCGUCACGUGCAACGUGGUGCUACAUGGAGGGCCUCCUUACAUGUGUGUGAUGGACGUUCACCAACGCUGUCUGAGCUGCCAAGCUGUUACUCAGGAGACGACUGGUCAGGUUGCACCCUGCAGGAGUUCAUGGACUGCCCCUACAACCUGGCGAACAACCGGCAGACCCGUAUGCUUGCUGAUCUCAGUCUGGUGGGUUGCUACAAUGUCUCCACCAUGAGUGAGGAAGAGCGCUGGGCAGUCCUUCUGGAGAGCGCCAAGCGCAACCUACGCGGCAUGGCCUUCUUUGGGCUGACCGAGUACCAGCGCAAGACCCAGUAUCUAUUUGAGCGUACCUUCAACCUGGAGUUCAUCGCACCCUUCACACAGCUCAACGGCACACGCGCCUCCAGUGUUGAGGUCCCUCCUGAGACACAAUACAGAAUCCUGCAGCUGAACCGAUGGGACGUAGAGCUGUACGAGUAUGCCCGCGACCUUUUCCUGCAGCGUUUCCAGGUGGCGAGGCAGCAGGAGCGCAGGCAGGCCAGGGCAAGGCGGCAGCAGGAGAGGAGGCGGCUCCGUGGAAGGCUCACAACAAAGCAAGGGAGGCAGCUGAAGCCCACAGAAGCACCCCGUCAGCCUGUGAGCCACUCUGUAGUAACUGAGGAGCAGCUGAAGGGUAAAGCUGGUGGAGACAGUGUGGAGUCAGAGAUGCUGCUCCCAGACUGGUGGGAUAUGGAUGAGAAUAGCACCAUGGAGGAUUACAUGGACAAUGUGGAGCAGUGGUAGUGACGGGAACGAGCAGUAGGGUGUCUUAAUACUAAGUGUGCCAAGUUCUGCCUUGUCUGUUGUUACUCAAUCAAAGUUAUUUUUAGUAUAUGCCUUCCACUAAAUUUUCUUUUUCUCACCAUGAACAAAUGACACCAUUUAUUUAUUUAUUGAUACUGAUUGUAUUUCUUUGUCACAACUGACAUUCAUAAUAAAUAGAUUUCCUUGAUAGAAAAAAAGGCUAGUCUAGGUACCUGCAAUCCUUUACCUUCAGUGAUCACACAAGCCUUCAAGACAGUUAUCUUGGCUUUUAAACACAUCUGAACUCCUGUGAAGUAACUUGGAAUGAGGGGGUGUUUGUUUUUCCUUGUUAAAAAGAACAAUGUAAUAAUUUGUUUCUAUAAAUAAUAUGCUACUGUUUGUGAUUUACAAUCUGUAUGUUUGCCAAAUUGUUGUCUUGUCUGAAAUGUGUACAUUUUAAAAUGUACCUGUUUUUAAGUGUCUUUUAAGUAACAGAAAAGGACAGUUUUCAUAGAUACCUCAUUGUGUAGCAUUAACUGCUAAUAUUGUAAAAUUACUGAAUGUGUCCCAUGUCUCGAUUUUUAUAUAAAAAUGAUUUUACAUUCA